UGCAAGUUAUUUCUGAAUUCUUAAAGUGCAUUGAAGUUGAAUAGUUUAUGUGAAAUGUCGGCCAAACGUAAUUUGCUGUUUUUGAUGGAGCGUCCGCUCGAGCCAGUGUUUAUGGAGAAAGGGAAAAAGAACGUCAAGUUUGAUGUGCCACCCAGACUUUUAAGUGAUCGUUACAAGGGACGGCCAGAGGUUCAAGAUCGAUUCGGCGAACCUUUUGGAGAGCGAGUCACGAUUCGUGACAACAUCUCCCUUCCAAACUUGAGUGUUCCAAUGUCAUUGGGCCGAGACGAACAAUUUUCAUUGUUUAUUCCUCGUCAUAAACGCAUCGCUGGUGCAUUGAUUGACAUUUUUAUGGGAUUGAGAAGUGUUGAUGAUCUUCUAACGGUGGCGGUGUACGCCAGAGAUCGUGUGAAUCCAUUGCUAUUCAAUUAUGCCAUAUCGGUGGCCAUACUUCAUCGGCCAGACACUAAAGACAUGAAUAUUCCGUUAGUCUCCGAGCUAUUCCCUGGCAAAUUUAUGGAUUCGCAAGUAUUUCGCCAAAUCAGAGAAGAAGUCAGCGUUGUACCACAAGAAUCACGAGUGCCCAUUCUCAUUCCGACGGACUACACUGCUUCCGAUCUUGAACCAGAGCAUCGGUUGUGGUAUUUCCGUGAGGACAUCGGACUCAAUUUGCACCAUUGGCAUUGGCAUCUCGUGUACCCUACCGAUGCGAACAAUGAUGCUAUCGUUCGCAAGGAUCGACGUGGUGAACUUUUCUAUUAUAUGCAUCAACAGAUUAUUGCCCGUUAUAACCUUGAGCGUUUCUGCAAUGAACUGUCACGUGUAAAGCGUUUCAACAACUUUAGAGAGCCAAUUCAGGAAGGAUAUUUCCCAAAACUGGACUCACUCGUUGCUUCGCGUGCUUGGCCAGCCCGCCCAGCAAACACCAGGAUAUCCGAUUUGAGCCGUGAUUUGGACCAAAUUCGAUAUGAUAUCAACGACUUAGAUCGUUGGACCAGUCGUUUUGUGCAAGCGUGUCAUCAGGGCUGGGUUGAAGAUCCAUCUGGCAAUCGUAUUCGAUUGGAUGAAACUCGUGGGAUUGAUAUUUUGGGUGACAUCAUGGAGUCAUCAUCUAUUUCAAUCAAUCGUGAUCUUUACGGCAACUUGCAUGGCAUGGGCCAUGUCUUCAUUUCGUACGCUCACGAUCCAGAUAAUCGUCACUUAGAAUCAUUUGGCGUGAUGGGCGAUCUUACAAUCACACUCAGAGAUCCAUCGUUCUUCAGAUGGCAUGCAUUUGUCGAUGAUAUGUUCCAAGAGCACAAGCAGCGCUUACCUCAAUACACAACUCGGCAGCUUGAUUAUCCAGGUAUUCAAGUAACUAAUAUCCAAGUGCGAACAGAUCGUGGCCCACCAAAUGUGCUUCAAACAUUCUGGCAACAAUCUGAUGUCGACUUAUCGCGUGGUCUUGAUUUUGUUCCCCGUGGAAAUGUAUUUGCCCGGUUUACACACUUGCAAAAUGCCGACUUCACCUAUAACAUCAACGUGAACAACACCACUGGUCGCCCGGCUAUGGGCACGUGUCGCAUAUUUUUGGGUCCACGAAACGACGAGAGAGGCCAACCAUUUUUAUUCAGAGAUCAACGACUUCUCAUGAUUGAACUGGACAAAUUCACUAUUUCAUUAAAUCCUGGUGAUAAUUUGAUCAGACGCCGUUCGACUGACUCAUCCCUUACUAUUCCGUUUGAGCGUACAUUCCGCGAUAUUGAUACAAAUCGGCCAGGUGACAAUACACAAGAGCUGGAAGCAUUCAAUUUCUGCGGCUGUGGAUGGCCCCAACAUAUGCUCAUUCCAAAAGGAAGAACGGGAAGGGGCUUUGAAUGUGUACUGUUUGUAAUGGUAUCUAACUACAAUGAUGACAGAAUUGAUCAAGAUUUGGUGGGCACGUGCUCCGAUGCGAGUGCGUUUUGUGGUGUUCGUGAUCGCUUGUAUCCAGACCGUAGAUCGAUGGGUUAUCCAUUUGACCGCUUGGCACGUCAAGGCGUUGAUCGCUUGCAACAAUUCUUAACUCCCAACAUGAAUAGCAUCCCAUGCACCAUUGUGCAUGAAGAUCGUACGGUGCAACGCAGACGACCAUGAAUUUAAUGACAAAUCACUCGCAAUUAUUUCAUGAUUUUGAUUGAAUCCUUCAAUAUUUAUAAAAACCAUUGAAUAACUGCAUGUGAUGCACUUUUAUCCAACUAUUCAUUCUCGCCUCUCAUUACUGAAUAUUCUAAACUACAAAUAUACUUAUCG